ACUGGACACAUACAACGAUUUUGCCAGAACACUCAUAACACAAACGAUAUUCCCCCAAAUAAUCGACAGAGUCAACAGUCGACUUACAAUGCAAACUUGGCGACUAAUAGUAAUAACCCUUUUGGACAAAAUAAUGUUGCCACAACACAAGUGCCCGAAGCAAAUAAUACCCAACUAAUUAAUACUGAUGCCCUUCUUUUACAGAUCCAGACGCUUGCUAACAUAGAACCCCCGAAAGAUGAUGUAAGCGAAGGGAUCGAGCAAGCUGAGGAAACACCUAUAGCACCCGAGCAA